AUGAAGAACCCAAGAGUACAGCCGCCACGACCGUCAGAUCAAAAGCUUCCACGAAACUCAACUAGCACGGCAACUACUGUCUGGGAGUAUGCCGUUCUUUUAUACCUUGCACUGAACUACAUACUCCAAGAUAAUCCGCGACAUGUUCAGUAUCGCGAGAAAGUCAGACAAAGUGAACGGUCGACAUCAAAAUAUCAAAGCGAAGCAGCGCAUCACAACGGCCUCAAAAGCGACAGACAGUCAAACGCAGGCUAUCAACUUCACAAGAGAUCGCAGACGAUACCCACCCAGUCAUAUUUCCAAUCCCAUAACAAAAGACGAGACGGUCAUCAUAAUGAGCAUGUCUACCCUUUCAAGACUGGCCCGAAAAGUCCAAAUCUGAAUAUAUCGAAAGCACAAAAGAGCGAGGCAUGGGGCCGGAUAAGAGCCGUGUCCGGAUUGCCAGGCUAUCCUGCCAGUACUCACAAAUGGCAAGAUGGAGGAGAGAAGCGAGCAAAAAAAGUACGAUGGGGAGUGAUACAGACCCGCCGGUUCGAGUCCGAGACUGCGGCAGAUGACGGAGACACAACAAAUCAGCACGAUCCCUAG